GUACCACAACCGCGUACUGCUGCCUUGUCCUCGUCCUUGCUUUCGUUGACUCUGCCAGCACUUCAUUACAACCAUGUCUGUCAGACCGGCUGUUCUGCGACGCCUGAUGCGCGAACUCAGCGAACUGAAGACGAGCCCGCCGGAGGGGAUACGCGUCGUGACGAGCGACGAUAAUAUGCUCGAUGUGACUGGCAUCAUUCAGGGACCAGAGGGCACGCCGUACGCGGGUGGCUACUUCAAGGUGAAGUUCAACUUCACCGAGGAGUUCCCUGCCGCGCCUCCGAAAUGCCGCUUCAUGACGAAGAUAUUCCACCCGAACGUCUCUGGCGCGGGCGAAAUUUGUGUGAACACGCUGAAGAAGGACUGGCAGUCGUCCUACGGCAUCGGGCACAUACUCGUCACGGUCAAGUGCCUGUUGAUAUACCCUAACCCCGAGUCCGCACUGGAUGAGGAAGCGGGAAAGCUCCUGUUGGAGAACUACGACAACUACUUCGAGAGAGCGAAGCUGAUUACUAGUGUCCACGCCACGCCAAGGGUCCCCCCUCCUGAGUUUGCGACACCAUCCUCUGCACCAGAGGCAUCCUCCUCGAAGUCACCUAUCCCCACGAUCUCCGCCACGACUGUUCCAUCUCCAGCGGCCCUCCCCACGCACGUCGCAUCCACUCCCCUCGUCAAACCGGUGCCACCAACCACCAUGUCCCACCCCCUUCAGUCCUCCGCACCAAACGGACUUCCAACCUCCCUCUCCGCAGAGAAGGAAAAGAUCGCGAAGGAGCGACACGUCUCCCCGUCCCCUCUCAGCACGGCCGACUCGAACGUCGGCACGGGCGUGGGCGCCGCCGCGCCCAGCACUACCUCCGCGCCGGCACCGGCGAAAGCUGUGAAGAGGGCUGCUGGCGCCGGCGGCGCGACGGGCGUGGAGAAGCGGAAGAAGGCGCUGAAGAGGCUCUGAUGUAUGUGUGGCUUGGCGGCGGCCGUGUGCUUGGAUCUGUAUGGUUUAUGGACCGUUGAGUGUUAUGUUGAUAUCCUUUGCUGUGGCUUUAUGCGUGUACAUGUUGAUACUUAAUAGUAGCUAUUUUAUCAUUUUCUGCGGCUCUAACGUCUCAAAAAUCCUAUUGAAUUGUAGGCCGUACGCGUUCAUCCAAAUGCUUACGGUGUGUGACUAUGCGAUCAAGGUGCGUACGGUACACAUGCUGGUAUAGAUCACGAAUACGGUCCGUUUCCGUCCCAAAGUCCAGUGACAGGAAUAUGUGCAUAACCGCGGGUCAAUGUAAAGGUUGAAAGUAC